AUCACAGCGACAUAAAAUUGAAACAUAAACAACAAUGGUCAGGCAGUUAGCGAAGAAAUGAUCACGCUGGUCUUUUCAUUAUGUUCUAUAUUUCUAAAGGAUAUAUCGACGUCUUCGAAUGCUAAGGUUGCAGUGCUAAAAAGGCCUAACGUUUCUGCUUUACAUAAGCAUCACAUUAAGGACGAGAAAGGAUGUUAAAACAGCAUGCUAACGUUGUCCCCAGCGGCCUUCCCACACUUCUGGAGGGGUUUUCUAAAGCAGCAUUGAAGAAAAGACCGAGUAAUCUUGGAUUCUUUGCCUGGUACUACUUCACGGAACUGAUGAAAUACAAAGCCGAAAAUGAAUCAUUUGACCUUAGAAAACUUGUGCGAGAAUUCCACAACAAUUUGGCUGAUCGAAUAAGUGGAGAUGGAUUUGAAGAGGAGCUCAAGAAAGAGGGGUAUAAUGUCACCUCAAAUGUUGACCAUGAAUAUAAUGAACUUUGCAUCACUGGAGAAGUAGACUUGCUUUCAUGGGGACAUCAAUAUGAUGACACUAACAACACGAACGGAGCAAAAUCAAAUGUACCACCAACUGCACCACCAAACUCUCUGGUCAAGAGUAAUGAUCCUGGAAGGGCUGCCGGAGACACCAAGCAGAAGGUUCACCCAGAGGGCAAACAAAACCUUAGUGCUGGGAGAAAUACCUGUCCUUCAGAGCCAUUCAAAAUUAUCAAAGGAAUUGAUGCCAGUGCCCAGUCUAAAAUGCUGAAUGCUUUGUUUGCCAACCAGAUUGCUCAAGUGAAAAGCCAAGUGGAUUCAGUCCCAUUGUGUCCUAAAAGUUCUCUGUCAAUACAAAAAGCAACUGACACAAGGACAAGACUUCCAGAAUCUCCAAAACAGGCUCUGAAUCAAGGGGCAAGAGGCACCGCUUGUGUCCAUCCACUCAAAGAUCCCCCCAGGAAUCACACAAACACCAAUGCACAGCAUGAAGUGAAACCUUCAGCUUGUUCCACAGCGAUGGCCGUCCAGACCAAUCCAACUGGUGCCACAACAGACACUGUCACAGAGCAACUCUCCGUUCAGCUGAAGAAAAGUUCUUUGGGCCCCAGCGACGGCACCACGGAGGACAGAAAGAGGUGGGCUCCCUAUGACAGCAGAGAUGGGGACAGGCAUCCCCCUAACAGUGCUCAGUCUCAGUCUCGCCUACAGCCGCAGCUACAGCAGCGGCCUGAAACUUGUACUGGCCCGGCUGGAACACACUGGUGCCAGCCACCUGAAGCCCACUACCAUCGACCUCCCCCUCCCCAUGGGCCCCUCUAUGGGUGCUAUCGACCGGGAUCCGUGUGGUUCCCCCCUCCGCCACAUUUUCCCCUUUACCAUUUUUGGCCCCCUCAGGGGCUAUACCCCUGGUGUCCUCCUUGUCCUUGUUUCAUGUGGCCUAAUAUGGGAGCAGCAAUGCCCAGGAGAUGCCAUGAUGCCCCACCUGGCUAUCCUCUGAGGGUGUGUGCUCCCAGCCAAGUCCCAUCCGCUCCAUGUCAAAAUACCCCCAAUAGUCCUGACUCCACCAGUUCCCCUGACCCUGUCUUGUUACCCGUGAACCAACAAUCUCCCUCAGGAUGUCCCAGGUCCCUUUACCCCCCUGCAUUUGGCUGUGCUUCAUAUUACCCUGGACCCAUGCCUCAGAGGGAGGGUGAAAUGCCAACCUCUAACGCACCAAACAGGAGGUGCCCGUACAAUCCAAAUUGUCACAUCCAUCCCCAGUUUUAAUCAGCAGUUUCUCUUACAGAUCUAGUAUGCAGAGAUGGAUUCAGAAGAUUGUAAGAAGACAACUAGAUAAAGACUUUUCUAAUUAAUAUAAUAAAGUAUCUUAUGGUGGA